UGAACACACUAUCAGUAUCGAUUAAACCGCCGUUCUAUUAUCGACGAUCGAAAAAAUGAAUUAUUUAAUAUUACUUUUGCUAUCCGUGAGUGCAAUGGCCUAUGGGCCUCCUGAUUGCCAUUAUGACAGUGCAUUCAUACAGGCUUUCUACGAUAAAUACGAACUAUUUAAAAAAACGAAAGCAUUUGAUCCAGCUGAUUCGAAAAUUCCAUUGGAGAAAUAUCAGUUUUAUGUCAAUGGUGGUAUAAGCAAUUUAGCCUUGAAAAUCAACGGUGUCUCGAUGUUCGAAUAUUAUACAAUCGACGGUGAUAAUAAAAUCCAAACAGAUGGUGGUCAUUAUCGUGUCAAGGGUGGCGUGAGCCUUAAGUAUGUGCGUGACGAAAAUGGUAAAUUUUCAUUUGAAGACGAGUCGAAUCAUAAGAAAUUUAGUUCAUCACUGCAGAGCAUCGAUGAUGAGUUACCAAGUGAUUUCGAACAGGAUUACAAACAAGUUUUGGUUGAUUUGAACGCAAUGAGGAAGAAAAUGUUCGACUAUCGUAAUGGUCUAAGCAAGGAAGACUUCGAGCUUGUUCACUUGUUUGAGUCUACCCCAUCUCCGAAUGGUGAUGGAUUCUCUGCGCGAUAUGUCGAGCAAGAUGAGACAUAUAUAGUCGUUUCUAAGCAGAAUGGAAUUGAUGUCAUUUCUGGACGACUUGCGUGUGGUUAUAAGGAACAGAAAUAUAACAUUGUAGAUGGCAAGGUUGUUAUUGAAGGGGAACCUACCUUUAUCCGAGAUUAAUUCUAUGCGUAAAUUUUCCGUUCAAAUUUUGUGUCAUUUGAUCAAUAAAACGUUUUAAAAUUGCAAA